AUGUCAGUGCAGUGGGGAGGUGCUGGGGAGUUCCGGUACUGUUUUUAUCAUUGCCCCAACACCGGUUUCGAGAUAUACGAUUUGGCGGCGCCCGGCCAACUCAUAGCCAGUGUUUUCGGGAACGGGGUGAACGUUGAAGGCGCAACCCACAAGCAAGUGGUUGACUUGAUCAAGUCCGGUGGUGACUGCCUCACUCUAACGGUUAUUUCUGUUACGCAGAAGGAGGCGGAACGUCUUGAGCCAUGCGACGAUUCUGCCCCCGUGGGUGUAAUCGGAGGGGCGGCCAACUCUCGGGCGACGGUGUACCAGCGCUACGACUACACGGACAAGCGCUCGCUGCCCGUCUCCAUACCGGACUAUCGCGUGCUGGUGGAGCGCUCCACGGGCCGCUCGUACGUCGUGUUCAACGUGCACAUGGCUGGGAGGCACCUCUGCAGCAGACGCUACAGGGAGUUCGCUGCACUACAUCAGCAAUUGAGGAAGGAGUUCUUGGGCUUUAACUUUCCCAAGUUGCCCGGCAAGUGGCCGUUCACAUUGAGCGAGCAACAGCUUGAUGCGAGAAGACGCGGUUUAGAGCAGUACUUAGAGAAGGUGUGCGCGGUGCGCGUGAUCGCGGAGAGCGAGGCGGUGCAGGAGUUCCUGACGGAGGCGGAGGGCGCGGGGAGCGGGGAGGGCGCGGGUGCCGUGGAGCUCAAGGUGCUAGCGCCCGACGGCGGCGUGGUGGCACUGCUCGUGCCGCGCCACGCGCACGCUGACCUCGUAUACCGCGCGCUCUGCGACAAGCUGCCGCUCGCGCCCGACCUCCGCCCCUACUUCUACCUGUUCGAGAUCGUCGAGUAUAACUUCGAACGCAAACUGCAACCGAACGAGUGCCCGCACGCAUUGUACGUGCAGAACUACUCGACGGCGUCAGCCAGCUGCCUGUGCGUGCGCAAGUGGCUGUUCUCACCGACGCGUGACGCCGCGCUCGCACGCUCGCACCCCGCCGCCGCAGCCUUCCUUUUCUGGCAGGCGGUUGAAGACGUGAACCGGGGCGUGUGCAAUGCGGGCAACCGUCUUUACCAGCUGAAAGCGCUGCAAGACGUGCGGCGAGCGGAGGACUACCUCGCUCUCGCUCGCACUCUCCCCGGCUACGGGGACAUCGUCUUCCCUCCCGCGCGUACCGACUGUCGCUCUACCCCAGCACUUGUUGUCGCUGUUGGUUGGAGCGGGCUGAAGCUGAGUGCGUGGAGCGAGAACGAUGAGCGGGAGGGGCGCGAGGGGCGCGAGGCGCUGGAGGUGGCGUGGCGUGACGUGCGCGAGUGGCGCGCAGACGACGAGGCGGCCGCCGCGCGCCUGCUGUACCGCCGCCCCGACCGGCCCGACCGGCCCGCCACGCUCGUGCUCUACACCCCAUACUAUCAAUUCCUCUGCAACUGCAUGGAUCGAAUAGCAGAGGAAGCAAGCUGGAUCGACACUGGCGAAUAG